UCUCUCUCUCUCUCUCUCUCUCUCUCUCUCACAGCUUCUUCGUCUCCUCUCUACUUAGUUUUUUUUUUUUGUUCCCCCAAAUUUUUGUUCACAAAAUUAUCGCUAAAUCAAUGGCGAUGUUAAGGGCGGCGAAGCGAGCGAUCGGGGUUUUGGGGCCGGCGAAUGCGCAAAUCGCUUCAGUGUCGAGGAAACUUCAUGCCUCCCCUGGGAGCAAGAAGAUAGUUGGGGUAUUCUACAAGGCCAACGAGUACGCCGACAUGAACCCAAACUUCGUGGGGUGUGUCGAGCACGGCCUGGGAAUCCAGGACUGGCUCGAAUCGCAAGGCCACCAGUACAUCAUCACUGACGACAAGGAAGGCCCGGAUAGUGAACUCGAGAAGCAUAUAUCCGACAUGCACGUUCUCAUAACCACUCCCUUCCAUCCAGCCUACGUCACGGCUGAGAGAAUAAAGCAGGCAAAGAACCUCCAGCUCCUUCUCACCGCCGGCAUCGGCUCCGACCACAUUGACCUAAAUGCUGCUGCCGAUGCUGGAUUAACUGUCGCGGAAGUCACUGGGAGUAACGUGGUAUCAGUAGCAGAAGACGAGCUGCUGAGGGUUCUGAUUCUCAUGCGCAACUUCUUACCUGGGUACCAUCAGGUUAUUAAUGGCGAGUGGAAUGUCGCGGCUAUAGCAUAUAGAGCGUAUGAUCUCGAGGGUAAGACUGUCGGAACUGUUGGAGCUGGGCGAAUCGGGAAGCUUCUGCUGCAGCGGCUAAAGCCGUUUGGCUGCAAUUUGCUCUAUCAUGAUAGGAUUAAGAUAGACCCUGGGCUAGAGAAGGAGAUUGGUGCAAAAUUUGAGGAGGAUUUAGAUGCAAUGCUACCGAAGUGUGAUGUAGUCGUGAUCAACACCCCUCUUACCGAGAAAACAAGAGGCCUGUUCAACAAAGAGAGGAUUGCGAAGAUGAAGAAGGGUGUGAUCAUCGUGAACAAUGCGCGAGGAGCGAUCAUGGAUACUCAAGCAGUCGUAGAUGCUUGUAACAGUGGACAUAUUGCAGGCUACGGUGGUGAUGUGUGGAAUCCACAACCAGCACCUAAGGAUCAUCCAUGGCGAUACAUGCCUAACCACGCGAUGACGCCUCACAUUUCUGGGACUACCAUUGAUGGCCAGCUGAGGUACGCAGCAGGAGUCAAAGACAUGCUGGAUAGGUACUUCAAAGGGGAGGAUUUCCCGGCACAGAACUACAUAGUCAAGGAAGGGAAACUCGCGAGCCAGUACCAGUGAUCAGAUCACAUCUGCACGCGUUCCUCUGCUGCUGCUUUUCCAUUGAACUGCGAGUGGGUUGUUCUUAACCUUCGAUAAACCCGGCGUAAUUGCUUUUGCUUCAUUAAACAGUAGUCCAUCAAGGCUUUUAAGUGUUGUAUAAAUAAAGAUCUUAGGUCAUCUAUGGUGACUGUUAACAAGAGUGUGUAUCCUUUGGUGGAUUGAACUGUUUGGACAAGGUUGCUUCUUUAUUGUAGUUGAUCAUGGUUGAAUCUUAUUAGUGCUCAAAUAUGCAUGAAUC